AUGCGCAGUAUACGUUUUCCCGCCCGGAUCCCGGGAUCGGGGCUGAUAUCUCAGAGCGCAAUACUUCAUACUAUCUCUCCACAGGCAAACCGACCUUUCAUCCAAUAUACCCAGUCAAGUUAUGUCAAUCAGCUCUACUCUACUGCCUCUGGAGCUCUCUACGGCAAAGCUGGGGUGUUCCGGCCUGUCGAACUAUCACCGCUACUUCCCCAGAACAACUUGAAGUAUUCAUCAUCUACGUCCAAGAUUGUUUCUCAAACACGGUCGCUAUGUUAUACUUCCCGUCUCUUUCAGGCCAAAUCACCUUCCUCCUCUCCUCCGACUAUCUCAGACACCGCCACUCCAAAAAAGCAAGAAGACGAUGUAGAUAACGGAUUUCAAUUGACCGAGAGAGCGGCGCAAGCUGCUCAAGUUAAUCUUCGAGCAAAAUUAAACAAGGAUGGUGCAUCGGGCAAAAAAUCCGGUUUUGCGGAGAUCUGGCGACUCCUACUGGUCGCUCGGCCUGAAGCAAAAUGGCUCGGUUUCGCCUUCUUCUUCUUGCUAAUAUCUUCUGGCAUUACCAUGUCCAUCCCCUUGUCAAUUGGAAAGAUCAUGGAUACUGCGACGAAGAGGGUGGCUGAGGGUGGCGGCCAGCUGUUUGGAAUGAGUCUUCCGAUGUUCUACAGUGUUCUUGGUGGAGUUCUGGUUGUUGGCGCAGCUGCUAACUAUGGUCGCAUCAUCAUUCUCCGCAUCGUGGGUGAGCGUAUCGUUGCCAGAUUGCGCUCCAAGCUAUUCCGCCAAACCUUCAUCCAAGAUGCCGAAUUUUUCGACGCAAACAGAGUCGGUGACUUGAUUUCUCGCCUAGGUUCAGACACCAUUAUUGUGGGUAAGAGUAUCACCCAGAACUUAUCAGAUGGACUACGUGCCGCUGUCAGUGGUGCUGCUGGAUUCACAUUGAUGGCCUAUACCAGCUUGAAGCUAUCAAGUAUCCUGUUCCUCUUACUGCCGCCAAUUGGUCUGAGUGCCUUCUUUUAUGGACGAGCAGUCCGAAACCUCAGUCGAACGAUCCAGAAAAACUUAGGCACAUUGACCAAGAUUGCCGAGGAGCGCCUGGGUAACGUGAAGACUAGCCAGUCUUUCGCAGGCGAAAUUCUUGAGGUGAAUCGAUAUAACAAGCAAGUCCGCAAGAUCUUUGAAACCGGCAAGAAGGAAUCUCUCAUUAGCGCUGCUUUCUUCAGUUCGACUGGUUUAAUGGGCAACAUGACGAUUUUAUGCCUGCUCUACGUUGGAGGAGGCAUGGUUCAAUCCGGCGCUAUCAGUAUUGGUGAGCUGACUUCUUUCUUAAUGUACACUGCAUACGCUGGAUCCAGCAUGUUUGGUCUUUCAAGCUUCUAUUCGGAGCUUAUGAAAGGCGUGGGUGCUGCAAGCCGACUAUUCGAGCUCCAAGACCGACAACCAACGAUUCAUCCUACCAGGGGUGAUAAGGUGGUUUCCGCUCGUGGUCCCAUCCGUUUUGAGAAUGUCUCCUUCAGCUACCCAACUCGACCCGCUGUUUCUAUUUUCAAGAAUCUGGACUUUGAGAUUCCGCAAGGAACGAACGUUGCCAUCGUCGGUCCCUCUGGCGGUGGCAAGUCAACUAUUGCCUCCAUCUUGCUUCGAUUCUACAGCCCCACGGCGGGUAGGGUGCUCAUUGAUGGCAAGGAUAUCAGUGGUAUGAAUGCCAAGUCUCUUCGUAGAAAGAUUGGUGUUGUUGCACAGGAGCCUGUCUUGUUCUCGGGGACUGUCGCUGAUAACAUUUCCUAUGGCCGACCUGAUGCAACGCGAUCAGAAAUCGUUAUUGCGGCGCGCAAGGCUAAUUGCCAGUUUAUCGGUGACUUUCCGGAUGGACUUGACACUCAUGUUGGAGCGCGUGGCGCCCAGCUGUCUGGUGGACAAAAGCAACGCAUCGCCAUUGCUCGUGCUCUUAUCAAGCAGCCAGAUAUUUUGAUCCUUGAUGAAGCAACUUCUGCCCUUGACGCUGAGUCGGAAACACUGGUCAACGAGGCAUUGGCAGCCCUGCUAAGUAGCAACAACACAACCAUCAGUAUUGCCCAUCGUUUGUCUACGAUCAAGCGUUCAGACACGAUCAUCGUUCUCGCCCCUGAUGGCACUGUCGCAGAACAUGGAUCCUACAAGGACCUCAGCUCCCGCCCAGAUGGCGCGUUCACUAAGCUCAUGGAAUGGCAAAUGAGCGGUGGCGAACCCGUCAACCCUCCUGCCCGGCCUAUCGAGAUUGAGGAGCUCUGGGAGCUCGAAAAAGAGGCAGAGAAUGUUUCAGAAGAAGAAGUAGAGGAACGAACACCUAUCAAAAAAUAG